AUGUUGAAAUCAGUAGUAACUGCACGGCUGUUCCGUCACUGCUUCAAUAAUUCUCCCAAUCGUUCCAUUUCUUCAUCUCCUCGUCUACUUUCACUUCUAGUGCUAUCACCAAUCUGGCUUGAACUUCUUAGCUUACUUCUUCUGGCUUCAGCCACAUCACAGUUAAGUUCUGGCCCAUUACAACAGUCGCAGCCACGUGGAUUAGAUACCGAACAAUGUCAGACGAAUAGUCCCGGUGAUUGUAAUCCAUACUCAUGUCGUGGUACCUGUGAAGGACGAUAUGUUCGAUUUUGGGAUAGUAGACUAAAAAUUGAUCGAACUGUGAAAAGUUGUCAAUGCAUGCAAGAGCCAAUAUGUAGUUUAAUUGGAAUGAAUGCAUAUACCGGUUGUCGAACUUAUACUAUGCUAUCAUCAUUAGCACAACGAUUCAUCCGAUUAUGGACAAUGAAUGAUGCUAAAAAAUUUGAUAAUCAACGUUCCGCACUUCUUGUCUUGCGUUUUGAUCGUUCGUGGGAUCGAUUACGACAUGAUCAAUUGCUUAAUGGUAAUUCAAAAUUUUGUUGUCGUACAGCAAAUAUUACUUUUUCAAAUUCUAUUAUUUCUCGUUAUACAUCAUUAUCAGUUUUAUUGCCUAUUUCAUUUGUUUUGCUUUUAUAA